AUGGCCCCCAAGAACCCCCGCAUCAUCGCCCUCUUCGACGUGGACGGCACGCUCACGGCCGCCCGCAAGACCGCGACGCCCGAGAUACACGCGCGCCUCAAGAAGCUGCGCGAGAGCAUCACCAUCGGCGUCGUGGGCGGCUCGGACCUGGUCAAGCAGAAGGAGCAACUCGGCGAGGACGUGACGGAGAACUUUGACUACAGCUUCUCGGAGAACGGCCUCGUGGCCUACCACAAGGGAAAGCUCAUUGGCGAGACGAACCUCAAGAGCCAGUACUCGAACGAGCAGAUCAACCGCCUCGUGAACUUCGCGCUGCGCUACAUCGCCGACCUCGACAUCCCCGUGAAGCGCGGGACGUUCGUGGAGUUCCGCAUGGGCAUGAUCAACGUGUCGCCCAUCGGCCGCAACUGCUCGCAGGAGGAGCGCGACGAGUUCGAGAAGUACGACCACAUCCACAAGAUCCGCGAGACUUUCGUCGAGAAGCUCCGUGCCGAGUUCCCCGAGUACAACCUGACCUUCUCCAUUGGCGGCCAGAUCUCCUUCGACGUGUUCCCGACGGGCUGGGACAAGACCUUCUGCCUGCGCUACCUGGACCCCAAGGACUACGAUGAGAUCCACUUCUUUGGUGACAAGACCCACAAGGGUGGCAACGACUACGAGAUCUACACGAGCGACCGCACCAUCGGUCACUCCGUGAAGAACCCCGAGGAGACCAUCCAGAUCCUGGACCAGCUCUUCCCUUAG